AUGUUGAAAACAAUAUCUUUUAUUGUUAUUUCUAUUGUUUUAUUGAAAUUAAUUGUUCCAUCAUGUUCAAUAAAAAUCAGUAUUAAUGUAGCUAAAUGUUUAAGUGAUCUAGCAACACAAGAACUUACUGGUUCAUAUAAUUAUCUUCAAUUAUCAUCGAAAUUAGGUACUAACAAUGCUUAUCCUGGUUUUGCAAGUCUAUUUACGAAACUUAGCGAUGAUGACUCAUCAAAAGCUCAUGACCUAGUGAAAUUCUUAGCAUUGCGUAAAGCAAAACUUGAUCGAUUAAUCAAUGUUAAUGGUGUGAGUAUCCGUGCUGGCAUAAAAAACACAAUGGAUGUUGUUAAUGCUUUAUCCGCAGCACGUAAUCAAAACAAAGAAGCAUGGAACAUAGCAGUACGAUGUCAUCAAGAAGCUGAUAAUGCUAAGGAUGCUAAUGUUCAAGAUUAUCUUGAAUCCCACGUUUUAGAUCAUCAUAUUGAAGUUGAGAGACUUUUAGAAGAUUUUGACAAUCGUUUCAACGAGGCCCAAGAAUUCGAACUGAAAUUAGUCAUAUUUAUGCUCGACGAAGAACUUUUAAACACUUAUGGCGAUCGUCGAAAAGAUAUUUUUUCAUAA